AUGGUGUACGCAGGUGCCAAUUUUGAUUUUGGUGGGAGGGUAGCGGUUUUAAUAUUGUUUUGCGAUGCUUGUCAGAAAAUUUCUCUUCAAGUUCCUUCUCAUCUUCAGGCUGAAACACUUGUAGGCAAAGUGAGUGUGAAGGAGUGUCUCCGGUCGGCCAGCCUAAUCCGGACAAGUGACCCCGACUUCAGAGUUCUGGAAGAUGGCUCCGUGUACACAACACGCGACCUCGUCUUGUCUCCUCCAGGGAAGAGUUUUUCCAUCUUCCUGUCAGACAGUCAGCAGCAGGAGCAGAGAGAGAUGGAAGUUGAGCUGGAAGCGAGAGGAAAGAAGGUUCUGAGAAAGAGACACACCAAAAACACAGCCCUCAGGCGCAGCAAGAGGCGCUGGGCCCCGAUUCCGUGCUCCCUGAUGGAGAACUCAUUAGGCCCAUUCCCACAGCACGUCCAGCAGGUCCAAUCUGAUGCCGCACAGAACUACACCAUCUUUUACUCGAUAAGUGGCCCAGGAGUGGACAAAGAGCCCUUCAAUUUGUUCUUCAUAAAUAAAGACACUGGGGAUAUCUUUUGUACACGAAGCAUAGAUCGUGAACAAUAUCAAGAGUUCCCGGUGUAUGCCUACGCCACCACCGCCGAUGGGUACGCACCCGAGUACCCACUCCCCUUACUGUUCAAGGUUGAAGAUGAUAAUGAUAAUGCCCCGUAUUUUGAAAACAAAGUGACUGUCUUCACUGUGCCGGAAAAUUGCAGAACUGGGACUUCUGUGGGGAAGGUGACUGCCAUCGACCUCGACGAACCUGACACCCUCCACACUCGUCUGAAAUUUAAAAUCUUACAGCAAAUCCCGGACCAGCCCAGGCAUUUCUCCAUCCACCCAGACACGGGCGUCAUCACCACAACCUCACUCUUACUGGACAGAGAAAAAUGUGAUACAUACCAGUUAAUAAUGGAGGUUCGAGACAUGGGAGGCCAACAUUUUGGUUUGUUUAAUACAGGAACAAUCACUAUUUCACUCGAAGAUGAAAACGAUAAUUCACCGUAUUUUACAGAAAAUGCUUAUUUUGCAGAAGUAGAAGAAAACAGAAUUGACGUUGAGAUUUUACGAAUGAAGGUUCAUGACCUGGACCUGCCAAACACCGCUCACUCAAAGGCUGUGUACACAAUCCUACAGGGAAAUGAGAACGGAAACUUCAAAAUCAGCACAGACCCAAAUACAAAUGAAGGAGUCUUGUGUGUUGUCAAGCCAUUGAACUAUGAAGCCAUUCGCCAAGUUAUUUUGCAAAUUGGUGUAGUUAACGAAGCACAGUUCUCCAAAGUACCAAACUCACAACCUCCUUCUAUGUGCACGACAACUGUCACUGUUAAAGUUAAAGACAGCGAUGAGGGCCCUGAAUGCCAACCACCCGUAAAAGUCAUUCAGAGUAAAGAUGGCCUCCCAGCUGGCCAAGAACUCCUUGGAUACAAAGCCAUGGAUCCAGAAACACGCAGCAGCGAAGGCUUAAGGUAUAAGAAGUUAGGAGAUGAAGAUAACUGGUUUGAAAUUAACGAAAACACUGGUGACUUGAAAACUGUAAAAGUGCUAGAUAGAGAAUCAAAAUUUGUGAAAAACGACCAAUACAAUGUUUCUGUGGUUGCAACCGAUGCAGGUGGCAGGUCUUGCACUGGAACUUUAGUGGUUCUUCUGGAAGAUAACAAUGACCACCCACCACAGGUGGACAAGGACGUGACCAUUUGCCAGCACGCUCAGGACUUUGCUGUUCUCUCCCCGAUGGAUGCAGAUGGGCCUGAGAAUGGCCCACCUUUUCAAUUCCUUCUGGAUAAUUCUGCCAGCAAACGUUGGACCUUGGGAUCAAAGGAUGUGCCCAUCACCAUAAAAGAUAGGCAUGGUCUUGCUGCCAAGCACGUACUGUCGGUCAGAGUAUGUGACUGUACAACGCCGUCUGACUGUAGAAUGAGCAGUCAAGUACGGGACAGAGAUGCCAAGCUCCCGAAUGUCGUCCUCGGGAAAUGGGCGAUUCUUGCCAUGGUGUUGGGUUCCGCACUGUUGUUAUCCAACCAAGUUUACGUGGUAGAGGCAAACAUUAGACUCCCCACACAGACCUCCAACGUCUGCGACACAAGCCUGUCUGUGGGCACUCUUGGGGGCCAGGGCAUCAAAACACAGCAGAGCUUUGAGAUGGUCAAAGGCGGAGGCGGACACCAGACCUUGGACUCCGUGAAGGGGGCAGGGCAGGGCGUGAUGGAGGCUGGCAGAUACACGUACACCGACUGGCACAGCUUUACCCAGCCCCGGCUUGGCGAGAAAGUGUAUCUGUGUGGACAAGACGAGGAGCACAAACAUUCCGAGGACUACGUCCGUUCCUACAACUAUGAGGGCAAGGGGUCGAUGGCCGGCUCUGUGGGCUGCUGCAGUGACCGGCAGGAGGAGGAAGGGCUGGAGUUUCUCGAUCAUCUGGAACCCAAAUUUAGGACGCUGGCCAAGACGUGUAUAAGGAAGUGAGGGGCCUGUUCAGAGAGUGCCACCUGCGGCUGCAGAUGGAGGCGUUCACUGAACCUAACCGUGACCCCGCCUCUGCUAACGUACCGGAGGCAAACUCCGAGUGGUGUGGAUAAGUCACUACACAUGUCAAGCUCCUCCAUUCCCGAGUCUGACAUAGCUUCGUGUUCUCUAGAAAUAAGUUUCUUGGGUCCGUCUUCUUCUGCGAGCCUGUACAUAUCGCCCCUUUCAGCAUCUUUUGUUACUUGUAUCCUGUGGAAGAGAGAGAGCUGGGUAUUGCGGAGUCUAAUAAAAAUGAAUUUUUGUUUUA